AUGUCGGCUCUCGAUCUCUCCCAGGAGGGCCCAGCUAUCAACCGUUCAGUAAAGUCUAUUACCACCGGUUCCGUCCCGUCCGGCAAGUCGGCAUCCUACGCGACCUGGGUGCUGUUAUACGUCCAGGCACCGCUACAGAAUGCUUUCUCACAGGGUCCACCGAAACCGAGUGUUCUAAAAGUACAAAGUACCGGUGACGGCGAAUUAGAUGAUCUAUUCGAGGACUUCAAUGAUGGACGAGUACAAUUCGCUUUGGCGAAAGUAAAGGACCCGAAUACGCAGCUCGGAAAGAAUAUCUUCUUCGCUUGGUGCGGAGACGGUGUUCCCGAGCGUGUUAAGGGUAACUACGGUGGAUACAAAUCUGCUGUUGCCAAGCUGUUUGAGGGUUACCAUGUCGAGAUUAGUGCUCGCGAUUCUAGCACCCUCAAUGUCGAAGAUAUCAUGAAGAAAGUCGCCACAGCAUCCGGCAGUAACUACUCGGCUGCCACCUCUUCGUCAUCCGCUGCACCAUCCAAGCCAUCUGCUCCUCCGAAACCGGCGUGGAAGCCCGGCCAAGCCUAUACCCCUACAAGACAAUAUGGAACUCCAGCUGCUCCACGUGGGAGACCCGCUGCUCCAGCUCCGGUUGGGAAGACGGAUUCUGACGGAUGGGGUGAAGAUGCACCCCAACUGUCGAGGAAUAAGCUAGAGAACGUCGAGUCGGCGUAUAAGCCUACGAAGGUCAACAUCAAGGAGCUUAUGGCUCAACCAUCGUCUACCACUAGCGGUGGAUAUGAAAGACCAGAGCCGGUUAGAGGAGCUUAUGAACCUAUUGGAAAGGUCGAUAUUGCAGCUAUCAGGGCUCAGGGUGACAAGCGAUAUGAGUCCAGGCCGGAAGUCAUCCGGGGAGCUUACGAGCCAAUUGGUAAGGUUGACAUCGCAGCUAUUAGAGCUGCCGCUCAACCUCCAAGGGAGCAAGCCCCGGCUCCGGUCCCAACUGCAUCUGGCGAAGAAGAAGAACAGACGAGAUCCCUAUCUGAUAGAGCUUCCGCCUUCAACAAGCCUGCUCCAUCGGCGUCAGCAGGUCGUAUUAGCGCUCUUCCCAAGCCGAAACCCGCAAAGCAAUUCGGUACCAGCCCAGCCUUCGGUACCAAACCAAAUCUUCCUAGCCAAUAUGGUAUCGGUCCAUCGGUAUCCUCGUCUGCCCCUGUUGGAGCUGCAAACAAGGACUUUGCAUCGGCAGGUGGCAAGACACCAGCACAGAUCUGGCAGGAGAAGAAGAACCGCGAACGAGGUUUCUCUGGUACUCAAGAGCCAGCUCCCACGCCUGUCCCGGUUACUCGGACACCAGAGCCAGCGCCACGAGCACCAAGCCCCGAGCCAGAAAGGGAGGGAGAAGAGCCUCAAUCCGGUGGUGUCUCUGCUCUCCGGGACAGAUUCAAGAAUACAUCGAUCUCGUCCCCAUCUGCCCCACCACCGGCACCAAUGUCUUCGAAGCCUCCACCGACACCAUCGAGGUACGAUGACUUUGAGCCGGAGGAGGAAGAAGAGGCACCGCCACAGCCAGCUGCUAGGUUUGUUCCGCCACCCCCACCACAGGUUCAGCAACGCAGCCCGACUCCAAGUCCACCUCGCAGCCCUGCCAGGAUAGCCAUGCCAGUUUCUCGCAGUGCACCUCCACCAGUCGAGCCAACACCACCACCAAUCCCAACCCAGACCAGACCCCGCUCCCCAUCUCCGGAAAGAGCGUCGAUUGCCCCUGCUGUCGCUGCAGGUGUUGGUCUCGCGGGUCUUGCCGCUGUCGGAGCUGGUGUCGCAGUUGCUCAUGCUGCUUCGUCCGGAGUCAAGUUGACCGGCCGAAGAGCCAGGAUUGUUUAUGAUUAUGAGAAGGCUGAAGAUAACGAGCUUGAACUUAUUGAGGGACAGGUUGUCGGUAUGAUUGAGAUGGUCGAUGAGGAUUGGUGGCAUGGUACUAACGAAAAGGGUGAGAGCGGUUUGUUCCCAUCUAACUAUGUUGAGCCAAUUGAAGAUGAUGAAGAAGAGGAGGAAGAGGCUGCCCCACCACCACCACCACCAGCUCCAGUCGCUGUUGCUCCACCACCCGCUCCACGGGCUCCAUCUCCAGAACCGGAACCUGAGGUUCACAUGUCCGGUGGAGCAGGACAUACUGCUAAGGCUGUCUAUGACUACGAGGCCGCUGAAGAGAACGAGUUGAGCUUCCCAGAAGGAGCAACGAUUGUUGAUAUCGAAUUCCCCGAUGAGGAUUGGUGGUUUGGAAGGUACCAGGGGCAUGAAGGGUUGUUCCCAGCAAACUAUGUGGAGCUCAACCAGUGA